UAUUUUUUCCAUUCUUCAGUAGAACGAACAGAGAUGCAGACUGCAGUGCGAUUAUCAGUUUGGCGAUUUUUGCUAAUUUGUACAACCUUUCAUGUGCUGUCCUGGAACCAUGCACAGGCGAUGGACAAUGUGAUUCCAACGGAUUACUCCAACAUGACGUGCCAUUUAGCAAACGGAAAAGAAGGCAUCUGUGUAUACGCUUAUCUGUGUCAAAACGAUGUGAUUAACACCGAUGGGACGGCGAUCCUUGAUCUACGGUUCUCUGAUGAUUGUGUAGACUAUUUUCUGAAGUGUUGCUCGAAGGAAUCGGCUUGCUUAGAAAACACUGGUACAUGUCUACCGAGGACCCAAUGCAAAGCUAAUCUUGAUUUAGCGAAAUACAAAGAAUUUAAGCAAACCGACGAUUGCGAUUGGAGCGGUUACCAAUGCUGUCCAAAUGAUAUGUCUGGGGAAGAUGGCACAGCUGUUGACGGCGUCGACGGUGCUGGUGUCAAGAAAGAUGAAGGCACUGAUGACAACUGCGGCGUUGACUCUAUUUGUGUUCCGCAUGACCAGUGCUUGGUUAAACCGGACGGCGUAAAUUUGGUGCAAGCGAAUAGUUCCGUAUGUAAUGGACCAACCACGUGCUGCCCUCUUGUUAAUGUUAAUAAAACAUCGUCCAAUUCCAGUACCAACUCUUCUGAAGGAAAGACAUGCGAUAACGGCAAUGGAGUUUGUACUUCAAGAAGUGAAUGCAAGGGAACGGUACACGCAGAUGGAAAUAAGAAAUGUGGCGAGUUAAUUUGUUGCAGUCGAUCAGACGGCAGUGAUACAUCAGGAGAAAAUACCGAUCCUCCACCUACCUCCACUAAACGACCAGAUGUUAGCACUUGUGGAGAAAUGGGAGGAACGUGUGAAUCUAGGCGUAAAUGCCAACAAGAAACCGAGCGAUCCUCUUCAGACUGCGAAUAUGGUACCGUUUGUUGUCAAUCGGCAAAAUCAGAACCUGAUUUAGAACUGAAAGAAUGUGGCUACCGGAUGGGCAGUGGAAUAAUAUUUGAUACCAUUAAUCGCGAAAAUGGCGAAUCGCAAUAUGGAGAAUUCCCAUGGAUGGUUGCCAUUAUGAUCAAUAAUGCGGCCAAAGCUUCAUUAUCCUGUGGUGGUACGCUGAUUAAUCCGGAAGUAGUAAUUACCACUGCCGACUGUGCCAAAAAGUUUUGGCGAACGCCAAAUAAACUUACCAUUCGAGCUGGUGAAUGGGACAUGGGAGCUAAUAUGGAGCCCAUCCCGUUCCAAGAGCGUCGGGUUGCGAAAAUAAUAUAUCACCCAGAGUUCAAGCACACCACCCUGGUGAACAAUAUCGCGCUUCUGUUCCUGGACGACAAAUUUGAUCUCUCUCCAGCUAUCAACACCAUUUGUCUUCCUCCUCAAGAUUUCACCAUCGACAACGGAGAGCUUAUUGCCACCGGAUGGGGAACCACGCCGCAGAACCGCACAAAAUAUCAACAGAUUCUCAAAUAUAUUGAUCUCACCUACACGCCAAAAACACAGUGCGAACGAAUACUUCGCAGGGCCACGUCCAACAAGAAAUUUCAGCUGCAUUCUAGUUUCUUCUGUGCCGGAGGCCAAGUUGGUUUGGAUACAUGCAAAGGUGAUGGAGGAUCUCCUGUAGUGUUCCCCAUUCCAGAUGAUUUCGAUUCCAGAUAUUACGCUGUUGGAAUGGUGUCUUGGGGCGUCGGUUGUGGAAGAUCGAGUACGCCAGCUGUUUAUACUGACAUUGGGCAGUUUAGAGACUGGAUCGAUGGAGAGAUAGAUAAGGAAGGUUUACAUAUGCAAUACUAUGAUUAUGUACCACAAAAAAGCAGUGAUGAAGUUUAAUAAUUUUUAAAAAUACCCUCAAUAAAAAAUGUGUUUGUGAGCCAAAACAAAUCUAACUCUUUUUC